GAAACACCCCAUUGCAAGUUCCAUUGCACGCGAGCAGCAUGAUGGCAACGUCCAUGGUAUCACCGACUCUGGCCGCGCUGUCCAAGGUAGACGGGAAAGACGUCGCCGCCGUGAAGGAUGAGAUUCGUCAGUCCACCUUGGCCAACGGCAACCCCGCGUCGCCGACGUCCCAGACGACCACCGCGGCCGACACGGCUUCCGACUCGGAUUCGAACCAAGAAGAUGUCAACAGCCCACGAGACACAUCCGCAACGGCUCUCGCACGAACGUUUUCAGUGCCUGCCCCAUACUUGGCGCUCCAGAGCCAAGAUGCUGGCGCUGCAACCAGCGCACCAUUCGCUCGAACGGCAUCCGCUCCCGUCUGUGUUCCUCGUGAAGACCACCAUCCUCAAAUGCCCCUGAACCAUGCAUUGUCUCUGCCUCCACAAAACGCUACUCCGUCCAAGUUGCCUUCGCUUCCAAAAGAUGCCAUCGAGGACGAAUUCGACAUUGUCGUCAACGAGACCUUGCCCAUGAGCCUUGAGUUCGUCAUGGAUGCACUGUGGCGCGACGACCAAUUCACCAUUGAUGGCCUCAAAAAAGUUGGGGAGACAAACGUGGUCGUGUCGCCUUGGUCCGAUUGUCCGGUGUCGUACUCGGCGUUUUCCCGCUCAGAAACGUUCCAAAGCGAGCGCAAAGUGACGUUUAUCCACAACAAAAAAAACUUCAUCGGACCCAGUGCGAUCCCGACGACGCAGAUCCACCGGUACACAUUCACGCCAGGCCAACGGUUAGUCGUGAGUGUGACGUCCAGCGUGCACGACGCGCCGUUUUGCGACUACUUUCGUGCAGAGAGUCGUUGGGUGUUCAAUGCGUCGCCGUCCAGUCCCAACGAGUGCUCUCUCGUGACCGGAAUGCGGCUCCACUGGUCCAAAAGCACGUUUCUGAAAGGCCAGAUCGAAGGGUUUGCCAAGUCCGAGUCCAAGACGGUCAUGCUCAAGUGGGUAAAGCAGGCCAUCGAGGCGUACAACGCCGCCCAUCCGUCCGAGAAGCAAGUGCAUCGCACAGUCGAUGGCCGUGUCGCGGCCGCCGCGUCCGAAUGCGACCGCAACAACCUGAACGCCGAAGCAGUCACACCGUCGAAGCUCAAUCCAGACAUAAGCCUGAGCCUCCUCCGCCGCAUGAACGUGAUCGGGCUGGUUGUGCUGGUCGUCCUCUUGCUCCAAGUGAUGGCGACGCUGUACAACCUCAAAAUGGCCACGAACGAAUCCGUGCGACUGCAAAAACAACAUCAAGAGCUUCUCAGCCAACUCAUGGACAAAAUGAAGUGCGUCAAGCGCACUGGGUGACCUCCCCAGGAGAACUCCAUUUAUUAAACAACGUGUCUGCUCAUGUCGGACCUCCUCGUGUUUUUCCCAGCGCCAGAA